CCUAAGCCACCGACGGCCUCUUCCUUUGAAAACCGGUAGAGAGCUUGAUUUUUCCCUUCUUUUCUUGUCCAAGAACCUGAUUUGGAACCCAGAAAUCUUUCCCCCCUGCUGGAAAAUCCGGAUCUACUCUGUCGUUCCUCCCUUGUCCGCUGGCUGCUCUUGAUUGUGGGUGAUUUCUGGGCAUAUUUUCUGAUUUCCCGUGAGCUUCCCCUUGAAUUUUCUGCAGAGUGCCGCCGGCCUCUUCCCCCCUGCAGCUCCGGUUCUUGCUGGAAAAUUCUGCUAGUGUUUUGGCUAAUGUUUGGAAGUGGCAGUACUGUUCACGUCGUGAGCACUGUUCGCGGAAAUAGUAUCGUGAUUGAGCGUAGUCUUAAUGAUGAUUUCAGUGUGAAUUUGUGAUAGUACGGUAUUGAUUCUGAGGUGUUUUGAUUAGGUUCUUGAUCGUUCUGUCAGUUUAGUACGUGAAUUGAGUGCUCGGUUUUGCAGACUGAGGAAGCGAUACCGAGGACGAGGAAACCAAGGGGGAGUGACGAGUUAGAAGGCUAGCCAUCGUGUAAAUUGAAUAUGGAUUUUAGAUAUAAAUGAUGAUCUUGUAAGCGAGAUUUUAAUUGGAGAUUUUGAUAUCAGAGUAAAUAUUGAAAUUUGAUUGUAAAUUCAUUUAGUGGAUAAUUAGUUUAUAAGAGAUUUGAUCUGGAGAUUUUGAGGUUAAGUCGUGUUUGGACAUAAGGAAUUAAAUUUGAAAUAUCUGA